GAGAGGGGAGCUGAGAGAGGAGUAAAGGGGUACGAGAGAAGAGCCGAGAGGUACGAGAGAGGUUAAGAGGUAAGAGAGAAAAGCUAAGAGAGAGGUUAAGAGAGGUUUAAGAUAGAAAAGCUAAGAGAGCGAAGUUCUUGUUACAAUCCAAUCUAUCUUUUUCUAUAGUGAAUAUUCUAAUUCCCAGUAACCAAUCACUACGAGAUACACCCACUAAAGAUUUUACAUACAGUGUUGCAUUUGAGGUUCUACAAGCUUUACCAGUUCUUCCCUUGCUUCUUGACCUUUGGGCUUUCUGUCAGGAGAAGGACAUUGUUUUAUCAGCAGGAUUCUCCUUUAGCUGGCUAGGCUAUUGUUCUUUGGUCAUAUAGUAACCAGUACUCUGUAUCUUAUGACUCAAAGCAGGCUUUCGUUUCUACUUCGAUUCUAGCCUUCUUUUUUCAGAAUCUUCUGCCAAACCAUCACAUUCAUGAGGUUUCCCUGUUUCACCCUCCCCAACAGGCAGCAAGUUGUGCUGCGCUCUGAUAAUUCCAUACUCAACCUGUUCCUCAUCUCUUAAAGGUUCACUUCAGCCUUGAAUCAGCAGGUCCCUAGGUUUGGUUUUUUAGGAUGCCAUUCCUGUUAGAUUUUCCCCUGUGAAGACCUGAGUAUGUCCAGUUUGACCUCCAGGAUAAUGAAGGGAGAGGAGCUCCCGUUGAUUCAAGAGUGAAGCAAGGCCUCCAUUCUUGGCCUGGGGCUGUUUCAAAUGGGGAGGGAUCAGUGUCCUGACUUCUCUCUCUCAGAGGCAGGGUUCCUGGACGAGGUGACCCAGGACAGCUUCGUGCUGGGCCCGGGCUACGACCGCCCCUAGCAGCUGGAGCCCGCGGUGAGGGAGCCCAAGAGCAUCCAGCUGUACCAGCACCUCAGCCUCAAGAGCUGCAUCUGGACCUUCGACGCUUAUUACGACAUGACCGAGUUAAUUGAUGUCUGUGGGGGCUCUGUCACCGCUGACUUCCAGGUAAGGGACUCUGCCCAGUCCUUCCUGACAGUCCACGUCCCUCUCUCCGUGUCCUACAUCUGUGUGACGGCACCGAGGGGCUGGGCUUCCCUGGAGCACCGCACCGAGAUGGAGUUCUCCUUCUUCUACGACACCGUUCUCUGGAGGACAGGGAUCCAGACGGACAGCGUGCUCUCGGCCCGCCUGCAGAUAAUCCCCAUCUACAUCCGCGAGGACGGACGGCUGGUCAGCGAGUUCAGGACGCAGGCCAAGUUCAGAGCGCUGUUUGUCACGGAGCACCACAGCCUGCCAGAGGUCAGGUCCUCUUUGAGAACUCCAGAGCACCUGGGAGGCAUCGAAUUUGACCUGCAGCUGCUGUGGAGUGCUCAGACUUUUGAUUCUCCCUGCCAGCUCUGGAGAGCAACCAGCUCCUACAACAGGAAGGAUUACUCUGGAGAAUACACCAUGUUCCUGAUCCCCUGCACGGUGCAGCCCACGCAGCCGUGGGCAGAGCCUGGAGCCAAGCCCCUGCCCUGCACGGCUCACGCUCCCGAGCGGUUUUUGAUCCUGAUCACCUUCCAGCAGACAAGCCGCCCAGUUCCAGUUGUUUACUCCCAGAACGCAAGAGUUUCAGAUCUGUAACGACGAGAAGGUUUUUCUAAUGGACCCCACCAAAUCGGAAAGGGCAGAUCCUGUACGGGCACGUGCUCUGGCACCCGGAACAAAACCUCAACGCUGCUUACAAGCUGCAGCUGGAGAAGGUCAACCUGUGCACAGGCAGGGAUGGCUACGUGCCCUUCCUCGACCCCACGGGUACCGUCUACAACGAGGGGCCCCGGUACGGCUGCAUCCAGCCCAACAAGUACCUGAAACACCGAUUCCUCCUCCUGGACCAAAACCAGCCAGAAGUGAGGGAUAAGUAUUUCCACGAUGUGCCUUUUGACGCCCACUUUGCUUCCCAGCUGUCCGAGUUCCACUCGGUGAGCAGCAUGCCCGGAGUUGAUGGAUUUACUCUCAAGGUGGACGCUCUCUACAAGGCACUCAUGAGAAAGCUCUUUAAAAACACAUUAUUCGUGUUCCUGAAGGAAUUAAUGCCAUCGCAAAGGCAGGACACCUCACGGGGUGGUCCGUGCUCCCGAGGAGCUCCCCUUGAACACCCGAGGUGGAGCUGCCCCGGGGCGCCGCGAAGGCGGCGGGCGGCCGCUGCUGCACCGUCAGGAACCUUCAUCCACCGAGGGACGCGGCGGCCUCUGCCAGGGCCAGGGCAGGAAAGUGAAGCAGGUGCACAUGGAAGUCAAAGUCCACGGCAAUUUGCACGACGGCACGGAAGUUUCAUGGAGCACACGCAUUGGGAAAAGCUUUUUAUAAACUGUAAAAUAAAGAUAAUCCAAAACUGAAAAGCCACCUGGGUAUUUUUUUAGUCUGGUGAGGAGGGGCAGCUGUCAAUUGCCCCUGCUCCCGUCUUAGCGGCUGCACCGCUGCCCUCCCUCCGUGCUGCUCCAGCUCUCCCAG